AUGGACGACGUGGACGUGGACAUGGACGUGGACGUGGACGUGGACGUGGACGUGGACAUGGACAUGGACGUGGACGUGGACGUGGACGUGGACAUGGACGUGGACGUGGACGUGGACGUGGACGUGGACGUGGACGUGGACGUGGACGUGGACGUGGACAUGGACGUGGACGUGUGUACGUGGACGUGGACGUGGACGUGGACAUGGACGUGGACGUGGACUGGACGUGGACGUGGACGUGGACGUGGACAUGGACGUGGACGUGGACGUGGACGUGGACAUGGACGUGGACGUGGACGUGGACGUGGACGUGGACGUGGACGUGGACGUGGACGUGGACGUGGACGUGGACGUGGACGGACGUGGACGUGGACGUGGACGUGGACAUGGACGUGGACAUGGACGUGGACGUGGACAUGGACGUACGUGGACAUGGACGUGGACGUGGACAUGGACGUGGACAUGGACGUGGACGUGGAAUGUGACGUGGACGUGGACAUGGACGUGGACGUGGACGUGGACGUGGACGUGGACGUGGACGUGGACGUGGACGUGGACGUGGACAUGGACGUGGACGUGGACGUGGACGUGGACAUGGACGUGGACGUGGACGUGGACAUGGACGUGGACGUGGACAUGGACGUGGACGUGGACGUGGACGUGGACAUGGACGUGGACGUGGACGUGGACGUGGACGUGGACGUGGACGUGGACGUGGACGUGGACGUGGACAUGGACGUGGACGUGGACGUGGACGUGGACGUGGACAUGGACGUGGACGUGGACGUGGACGUGGACGUGGACAUGGACGUGGACAUGGACGUGGACGUGGACGUGGACGUGGACAUGGACGUGGACGUGGACAUGGACGUGGACGUGGACAUGGACGUGGACGUGGACGUGGACGUGGACAUGGACGUGGACAUGGACAUGGACGUGGACGUGGACGUGGACGUGGACGUGGACGUGGACGUGGACGUGGACGUGGACAUGGACGUGGACGUGGACGUGGACGUGGACGUGGACGUGGACGUGGACGUGGACGUGGACGUGGACAUGGACGUGGACGUGGACAUGGACGUGGACGUGGACGUGGACGUGGACAUGGACGUGGACGUGGACGUGGACGUGGACGUGGACUGGACGUGGACGUGGACAUGGACGUGGACGUGGACGUGGACGUGGACGUGGACGUGGACGUGGACGUGGACGUGGACGUGGACGUGGACGUGGACGUGGACGUGGACGUGGACGUGGACAUGGACGUGGACGUGGACGUGGACAUGGACGUGGACGUGGACGUGGACGUGGACGGACGUGGACGUGGACGUGGACGUGGACAUGGACGUGGACAUGGACGUGGACGUGGACGUGGACGUGGACGUGGACGUGGACAUGGACGUGGACGUGGACGUGGACGUGGACAUGGACGUGGACGUGGACGUGGACAUGGACGUGGACGUGGACGUGGACGUGGACAUGGACGUGGACGUGGACGUGGACGUGGACGUGGACGUGGACGUGGACGUGGACGUGGACGUGGACAUGGACGUGGACGUGGACGUGGACAUGGACGUGGACGUGGACGUGGACGUGGACGUGGACAUGGACGUGGACGUGGACGUGGACGUGGACAUGGACGUGGACGUGACGUGGACGUGGACGUGGACGUGGACGUGGACGUGGACGUGGACGUGGACGUGGACGUGGACGUGGACGUGGACGUGGACAUGGACGUGGACAUGGACGUGGACAUGGACGUGGACGUGGACGUGGACGUGGACGGACGUGGACGUGGACGUGGACGUGGACAUGGACAUGGACGUGGACGUGGACGUGGACGUGGACGUGGACGUGGACGUGGACGUGGACGUGGACGUGGACGUGGACGGAACGUGGACGUGGACGUGGACGUGGACGUGGACAUGGACGUGGACGUGGACGUGGACGUGGACGUGGACGUGGACGUGGACGUGGACGUGGACGUGGACGUGGACGUGGACAUGGACGUGGACGUGGACGUGGACGUGGACAUGGACGUGGACGUGGACGUGGACUGGACGUGGACGUGGACGUGGACGUGGAAUGGACGUGGACGUGGACAUGGACGUGGACGUGGACAUGGACGUGGACAUGGACGUGGACGUGGACGUGGACGUGGACAUGGACGUGGACGUGGACGGGACGUGGAC